AUGGUAGCUAUUGGUGAACGUGAUACUGGUAGAGGAUGUAAUCAAAUUGGAAAUUUACUACGGCCUGGAAAGACUCGCUGGAGUUCUAAUUUUGACUCAAUUUGUAACAUGAUUGAUAUGUAUAGUUCUGUGAUUACCGUAUUAGAAAACAUGGUGAAUGAUGGGUCCUCUAACUCCAUCCGUGGUGAAGCUAGUGGUUUGCUGAUAGCGAUGAAGUCUUUUGAUUUCAUAUUCAUAUUACAUUUGAUGCAAAAGAUAAUGGGGUUAACAAAUCUGCUUUGUCGAGCAUUGCAAGAGAAAUCUUUAGAUAUUUUAAAUGCAAUGGACUAUGUUUCAACUACUAAAACUUUGCUUCAGACUUUAAGAGAAGAAGGAUUUGCUAUUCUACUUAGUUAUGUGAAAGAAGUUUGUGCCAAGUAUGACAUUGAGAUACCUCAAAUGGAAGCUCGUUAUAAAUCUGCUACAGGUCGUUCUUGUCAACAAAAUGAUUCAAUCACAGUUGAGCAUCACUAUCGAUUUGAUGUAUUUACUGCUGCAAUAGAUUUUCAAGUUGAAGAGCUUAAUAGUAGAUUCAAGGAUGAGAUUUACACCACUUGA